GUUCCUUAGACAUGUGAAGACAAGUACGUGUUUCAAAGGCUAAUGAGAAUUUAGGUAACAGAAGGCUGUAAAGAUUAACACCAUGCUCUUCCUCUGGAGUGUUUGAGCUGCAGGGACAGCUGCUCUUUGGCCUUCAGCUGACCUCAGAAACUAGAAACACUUAUUUCAGGCUUUGUCCCAUUGGCCACUGUGGGCAGAAGUGGAAAACACCUGCCAGGUGUUGCCAUAAGAUUGACUCGGCCAACAGGAAACUUUUCUAACAAGCUUUGUGGCUUAACCGUAGCCCCGUCCCAACCCUGCCUUGCCUUGGCGUUCACACCACAGCACGUGUUGAGCGCCCCCUGUGUGCGAGGCCCAGUAACGGGCAAUGAAGGAUAUCGGUAUUGUCCUUCCAGAGUUUCUACGCAUUUUUGUCUUCCAACCACCCUCCUGUUAGUAUCUCUUCUUCCUAUUUUACAAAUGAGACCGACGAAAAGAGCAUCGGGCCGUGGGACAGGGCACGUCCCUGUGAGUAACUGGCUCUGUGAUCUUGAGCAAGUCGCUAGCCCAGCGGGAGUUGAUCCCAAGUUUUCUCCCCCUUGGAACACCGGCCCAGGUCACGGUGACGAGAGCUCAGCCGCUGCCGCUGGAAGCGGGGCUCGGACCGUGAAGGCGUGAUUUACUACGGCCUGCGUCCCGAGGAGCAGGGAGGGAGAAGUCCAGGGCAAGCGCCCCACCUCCGCUGCAUGGACCCAGAAGUGCGAGGGACCACGCUCGUACCCGGCUCCCGACAGCACUGACCUACGGCGCCCGGGAAGGGUCGCUUCGUUCCUCGCCAAGACUUCCCCUUCCGCCAAUCACCGCUUGCGGCCCGCCCUUCCCGUCGCCGGAAGCAGCCGUUGCCCCGAGCGACUGCAACGUCCGGCUUUCCAAGUUGGCGGCGGGAAAGGCCAUGAGUAAAGGCCGGGCCGAGGCUGCGGCGGGAGCCCCCGGGAUUCUCCUGAGAUACCUGCAGGAGCAGAACCGGCCCUACAGCGCCCAGGACGUGUUCGGGAACCUGCAGCGGGAGCAUGGACUGGGCAAGGCGGCGGUGGUGAAGGCGCUGGAGCAGCUGGCCCAACAAGGCAAAAUCAAAGAGAAGAUGUACGGCAAGCAGAAGAUCUAUUUUGCGGACCAGGACCAGUUCGACAUGGUGAGUGACGCUGACCUCCAAGGCCUGGACACCAAAAUCGUGGCCCUCACUGCCAAGGUGCAGAGCCUCCAGCAGAGCUGCCGCCACAUGGAGGCCGAGCUGAAGGAGUUAACUAGUGCCCUGACCACACCGGAGAUGCAGAAAGAGAUCCAGGAGUUGAAGAAGGAAUGUGCUGGCUAUAGAGAGAGACUGAAGAACAUCAAAGCAGCCACCAACCAUGUGACUCCAGAAGAGAAAGAGCAGGUGUACAGAGAGAGGCAGAAGUACUGCAAGGAAUGGAGGAAGCGGAAGAGGAUGGCAACAGAACUGUCUGAUGCGAUCCUUGAAGGAUACCCCAAGAGCAAGAAGCAGUUCUUUGAGGAAGUUGGGAUAGAGACUGAUGAAGAUUACAACGUGAAGCUCCCAGACCCUUGAGGAGUCCUCUGCAGGAUGGGGGAAUGGAAGCAACGUCCUGGACUGGCUGCCUCCUUCAGGUUGGCUUCUUUGUUCCUGCUGCUUUCCACCUUUGAGCAGAGCAGCUGGGAGAGGGGCAUGAACCAGAAUACAGGGCUCAGGGAGUGAGCAGGCCCAGAGUGGAUGGUUGUCAUGCUCGUUUCAUCUAGAUUCCAAUUGCUUGCGCUUAAACUUGGAACAACGCUAAAGGAAAGCAUUUGGCAAUAUUUAUUGUACUAUAAUUUGAUAUAAAAAUACUUAAUUUCCUCUGGAUAACGAAACCUCCCAGCUGUCAACCCUGAGGAAGGCUACCGGGUAGAGAGAAGCUAGUAUACACAGCAUUCGAGGAGCCCAAGGCUUUACCCAGGACUUUUCUGGGCUCUGUACCCCAGGAGGCCUUUAAAGUAUCUUCUCUACCCCUUCACGCCACUCCCAAGUCCUGGGAGAAACACAAGCAGCACUGAGAUGGUGGAGACCCAGAUAUGCUCGACAGGAUGGCUGGGAGUGAUUUUGAGGCCCAGUUCACUUUCAAAAAUUGUAACUUUAGCAAAAUUGCGAUGUUGGUGUUUAGAAUAUUAAAAAAAAAUUUAAUAUGUA